AUAAUAUUAAUAUUGUGAGAAUGUGACUUCCAUCACGCUCAUACAGGUCUCCUUCCUUCCCCAAUAGAAACACCACCAGCACAAGUCAGGCUCGCCGUCGCCGUCGCCGUCGCCGUGAAAUUCAUCUUCUACUCUGCCGGAUGUGCAAAACAAAAACGGCAACAGACGUAGCAGAGCCGUCUCAAGUUGCCGAGGCAUAUCGAAGAAGCUCACCGAUCAUUACGCCACGAACCCCAAAGUCUCAACCAACAUUCAUUCCCUCAACCACAUCAAGCUCAAGCUACCUUCUCAACGCAUCUCAGAUCACCACCGCAUCUUCUCUUUCUAGCGCUACAUCUCAACUCUCCACCCUCCGUGACUCCUUACCGGAAAACACUCAGUUCUACGACUAUUCCGAGAUCCGUUCCGCUACCAACAAUUUCCUCGCCAAGAGAUAUUCCUCCUCUUCCACUCCAUCAUGGCGCUGCAAUCUUCGCGGCAAGGAUGUAAUCGUAUUCCAGCGUAAGAAGUUACGACGACGGUUACUAAUCAAUCACCACGAAUCUCAAUUCAAAGAACGGCUGACAGCGCUAUGUAGCACUCACCAUGCUAGUAUAAUUAGCCUUGUUGGAGCAACUCUCUCCUCCUCCGAAUCCGAUUACGUUUACCUAGUCUACGAUUUCGUCUCCGGCGGAUCAACUCUUGCGGACUGUCUACGAAAUCCUAAAAUCUCCAAUUUCACGUCUCUUCCGACGUGGAUGUCACGGAUCCAGAUUGCGAGUGAUCUCGCACAAGGUUUAGAUUACAUACACAACAAUAUCAGAAUAGGAUCGGAAUUCAAUUUUGUACAUAAACAUAUAAGGAGCAGUAGCGUUAUCGUAACGGAACCAUCUCUUAACGCUAAGAUCUGUCACUUUGGAACCGCCGUUCUCACCGGAGAGAUCGGAUGGUUGAAUGAAAUCUCGUCGGAGAACCGGUCGAUGCAAUUUGAAGGCGAUCGAGGAUACAUGUCGCCGGAAUUUCAGUCGAAUGGUAUUCCGACGAAGAAAUCCGACGUAUUCGCAUUUGGAGUAGUGAUUCUGGAACUUCUAUCUGGUGAGGAGCCUGUAAAGUAUAGAUUUGAUAGAGAGAGAAGUAAUUACCAGAAAUUUUCUGUGAUUGACGCCGCUAAGGAGGCUGUUGACGGAGGAGAAGGGAGGCUGAGGAGUUGGAUUGAUAGGAGGCUUAACGACUCGUUUCCUGUUAGUGUUGCGGUUAAACUGACACGCGUCGCGCUUAGAUGCGUACACGUGGAUGCGGUUGAGCGACCCGAUAUGAGGCGGGUCGUGGGAAAGAUAUCCGAGUUGUAUUUGGCGUCUGCUGAUUGGUUGACUAGGGUUAAGCCGCAUCCAUCUGAUCAUUUUACUGCCUCAUUUGCCCCUCGUUAAGAGUUUUUUCAAUUUUAAUUAGAAAAUUAAGUUGACAUUUUGUUAAAAGAAAUAAAGUAUGGGCUCU